GUUUGGCUGAUCUUCCAGGAUGUGAGUGCUAGACUCGUUAUUUCACUGGCAAGCAUUUACUCCCAUUUAAGCUCGUAUCACGGAUGACGGGCGAAUAACGGAUCGCUGCUGCCUUCUGAAAAUCUCGGCAUCUUCAUCAGCAUCAUCAACCAUUGCGCGUUUAGAACGUUCGGGGGUUUGUUUACAUUCCGCCUUCGGAGAAUCCGUUUACAUUGCUCUCUCUCUCUCUCUCUCGGAAUGCCUUUGUGACGUCAUGGAGGUAGACGUUCUGUUUGGAGUUUUAAAAUGAACACCUGUUUCAAAUGUUUAUGUUUCAAAUGGCAUGCACGCUGCGCAAAAAGAAGAAUAGAGGCGACGUUUUAAAUUCAUGCGGGCAUACUGAAGCCUUCUAAUCUCCGGCAGCGCAACUAAAGCCGUUUAGGGAUCCAUUUAGUGAUAAGCCCGACUGCUGCUGUCUGUCUGCAUCAACAGGGAACAUGGAUGGUGAGGAAUUUGCAAUGACGAGAGCAAUGAUGAUGAUGAUGAUGGUGAGUGCACUCAUAUGACUGCUCUGCUCCCGUGGAAACUAAAAGACACUAUCAUCCAGCGCGUUUUUCACUAGUUUUGUGGAUUUUCGGUGAAAAACUUAUCCGUGUCUCUGCGCAAACAUGGGCAAAGACGAAUGCAAGACCAUGUUGGACGCGCUCAACAAAGUCACAGCUUGCUACAGGCAUCUGGUCAUCGCUUUGGGGAGCACAUCUGAUUCCCAAAACCUCCGAGAGGAACUUAAAAAGACCCGAAAGAAAGCCCAGGAGCUGGCCGUGGCCAACAGGACUAAACUCACGGCUCUUCUGAAGGACAAAAACAUCAGCAAAGAUGAUCGAGCUGAAUACGAGCGCCUCUGGGUGCUCUUCACCAGCAGCAUGGAGCUCCUGGAGGUGGACAUGAAGCGGUCCUUGGAGAUCGGGCAGGAUUUUCCUCUCAAAGUGCCGACGAGACACCUCAUCCAGACGGGAAUGACAGGCAGCACCACCACCGUCGCGGCUCGAGCCAUGAGCGUCCAAAACAUGAAGUACGAAGCCGACGCGAACAUCGACACGGUGGACCUCAAAGAGCUGGAGACCGAGAUCGCUCAGGUGGACCAGAUGAUGGAGGAGAUGGAGAUGAAGGUCCAGGUGGCGCCGUGGGCAGUCGAGGCGAAGCAAGAGGCGGGAGCCGAGUUGAAAUCCACCGUCAGCGUUGGGAAUUCAUCGGUUGGUGUCAUCUCGAUCUGCGAGGAGGAACCCAAAGAAACGGUGGAAGGAGAAACUGGCUUGAUGAAAGUAUUUGCAGGGAUCAUUUUCACCGCGGUUUUGCUCAUAGCUGGAAUUCUGGGGUACCUGGUGAUCAAUCUAUAAUGGGUGAAGAUAGUCUAUCUGGAUGACAGUGGCUCAGGACUUUAGAUUUUCUUAUGGAGGAAGCAACACGUUGCUACGGUAGGCCUGUGAAAUUGUGGAGGUAAUUUAUGAUGCUCUUGGUGUGGAGAUAAGCAGAUCACCUUGAUGGGUAGGCUAUUAGUAAAAUGCAUCAGUGUUCAAAGGGAAUAGCCAAAAGGAAUAAAAACUCUUCUGGUGGUCCAUCAUGACUGGUUCCUCAACCCAUGAAUGUAAAAAACUGGACAGAUCACAAUCAAAAGUGGGAUUGUCUCAUAAAAGCUUUUAUUUUAUCAAAUUAAUUGUCACUCUUUUGAUGUAUAACUAACUGGCAGUUUCAUCACUUGGCAAAUACCUAACCUGAAGAUUACAACUUUUGUGACCCUCAGAGUAGCCUAUCAGAGGGUUGUGCAUAUUAAACAGGUAUUUGUUUCACAUUUUAUAUAGGUAGGUGACAUAUUUAAAGUUGCUCAUCGUGUUUCUGACCUCCUGAUGAUUCGCACCAAGAUAUUCUUGUUAGUCCAUGUUUCUGAAGACUGCUUGUGCUCUUGAAAAUGGGCCUUAGGUGUGUUCUGAAAAACAGUCUAUUAUAGUUUAUUUGUAUAUAUGAAUUGUACUCAUGUUAAAUUAGUGUAUAUACAAUAUAUUUAUUAUAAUAAA